UUUACCUUUUGACAAAAUCAUUCGUGAAUACAACUUUCGCCGGCGACGCUUCGCUGUGCGACGUGCGCAGCGCGCGGAGGCGCACGGAUACGCAUUGUUGCGCCGGUAGUGUGCGCUGCCAGGUCGUCUUGCGCCGCGACGGCUGCGGUUGCCUGUAGCGAAGGCAGCCCCACAUUCAUUGCAUCAACACCAGCAGGCGAGGGCAGCCUGAGCAGUGGUGCGGAUGGCCGCCACAGGGGGAGCGCUGCCCAAAAAAGACGAGCCGCUGCCGGCGCUGCGCUGCGGGCCGCUCUGGAUGCAUACGUGCGUCGACGGCGGCGCGGCCGUCGCCGCAUCAUUAGCGGUGAGCCCGUUCAUCCUGAUCAUUGAUAGAGCCGUCAUCGAGGCGGCCGCCGGCCAGGACACCUUGUUCAGGAGGAUCGGCGUCGGCUGCAAGGAGAUGAUUUUGAAGCCUAGAACCGCGCUCAUGACGCGCGCGUACGCGAUGAUGACUGGGGUGUAUGCUGCUACUUAUUUAGCGGCGAACACCAUCGACACCGUCGCGACCCGACAGCGCUAUUCGCAAAAGACGCACGUCGCCGCGACGUUGAUCGGCACGACGGCCGUCAACGCGUCCGCUUGUAUUGCUAAAGAUGUCGCAUUCGCCAAGAUGUACGGCGGCAGUGGCGCGGGCAAGAAGGCCAUGCCCUUCGCGUCGUAUGGGUUAUUUCUCUCAAGAGACCUCAUCACGAUCUUUUCGUCGUUUACGCUACCAAAGAUGCUGGCCAAGGGCAUUUCAAGUAGUGGCGCCAUGGAUCCAGUGAGUGCGCAAGCGUGUGCGCAGAUGGUGUCGCCCGUGGCCAUGCAGGGGGUGUGUGCGCCCGUGCACUUAUUAGCCCUAAACAUGUACAACGCGCCCGUCGCUACUGUAGCGGAAAGAAUACGGGACGUCUGGCGUGUGGCGCCGGCGACCGUCGUGGCGUUCGGCAUCCGCAUGGCGCCGGCCUUUGGCAUCGGCGGCAUCAUGAACGCGGCGCUCGUCGACGCGGGCCACGCGGUGGUCUGUCGGAGCGCCCCGGGCGAGGCGCCGGCCGGUCCCCCAUAGCGAUAGCGCGCAGGACCUGCGCACUGUCUCUUGUCGAAAAUUUCGAACUGUAUCCUGUCGUUUUUAAUUAUUCCCAUCGU